GCAAAUGUUGAGCUGAAUGUGUAGAAUAUGAUUGGACAGUCAGUUGUUUUAGUGAGACACAUGCGGCAGUCUUGGUAGUGACGUAACAGAUAGACAUAAUGAAAGGGGGAGUGUGAAGAGUUCCAGCAGAGGACAAGAAGGGGGAUGGUGGACGGUUGGUCUGACAGAGACGAACUCUUCAUCCUCAGUGUCUGACUCUGUCUCUUUGUUUGAUUCUUGUUUUUUUGCCCUGUGAUGUUUUGACAUGCAACAAUGAAUGAUUCUGUGAACUGGGAGCAGAUCAACUUCACCAUCUAUGGCUCCCUGGGUAUCUUCAACACGACACUGCUCCUGUGCAUCUUCUUUCUUUACAUUGUCAGUUUGUGCAUCAACCUCUUCCUGGUCCUGGUCAUUUGCACAGAGGCCCGUCUCUACAGCAGACCUAUGUAUAUGCUGUUAGUGAACUUGUGUCUCAGUGGUGUGGUAGGCAGUUCAUUAAUGUGUCCUAAUAUCAUCCACCACCUGCUGCACCACGGUCAGCCUGUGUUCCUGCAGGGCUGUUUGACCCAGGCGUUCUUCACCAACAUUUACAGUGGCAGUAUAUUCUGUAACCUGGCACUAAUGGCUUAUGACCGCUACGUCUCCAUCUGUAAACCACUGCUGUACCACAGCAUCAUGACUCCAGGAAGGGUCGGACUGAUGCUCCUGGUGGUUUACGUGGUUCUCAGCUGCUCCUCAGGUGUGCAGGUCAACCUGAUUACCAGACUACAGCUUUGUGGAAACAAGGUCAACAAACUCAUCUGUGACAGUUUGGUGGUGUCUAACCUGUCCUGCAGAAGGACGACAGUGAUCAGCGUCUACGGUCUGUGCUGCGCUGUCGGUUUCAUCAUGUUGCCAUGUGGUCUAGUCAUUCUGUCAUAUGUCCACAUUUUCUCGGUUGUUCUAAAGAAAUCCCGGCACUCUCAGUCGAGAGCACUGCAGACUUGUACGCCUCACUUGGUCACCUUCGUUAACUUCUCUGUGGCAUCCUUCUUUGGUGUCAUUUACAACCGCCUGAGCUCUGACCUGCCCAUAGUGGUCAAUAUUGUAGUUAGUAUAAACUUCUUUGUCAUCCCUCCUCUACUCCACCCCAUAAUUUAUGGCAUUAAAAUGAAGGCAAUUCGACAAAGUAUGAAGCAAAUGAAGAACUUACUGUUUUGCUCUCGGUCACAUUUAAAUGCUGAUAAUUUACAGAUUACAGUGUUGGAUUAGAACUGGUUUACUGUGUAAUCUCACUGUCAAACAAAUUCAGGAAAAGUUUGUUUUACUGUCCAUUCAUUUACCAAAGCCUGUGGGAAAUAUAUGGAUUUUUUAAGGUAUAAAAGGAAACAAAGACAAACCCAUUGGAGUUCCUGUAUAAGGUUUAGAUGACAUCAUGGACACACCAUCCUAAUGUGAUUUCAUGAACUUGAAGGACACAGGUUUUUACUGUAUAUGUGAGGCCUUUAAUAGGUUUCUGUUGUUGUCACAUCAGUUUUCAUGAACGUUCCAUUACGCCUGACCUUCUCAUUAGACCACGUCAACGCACUUAAACCUCACUUUAAACG